AUCAGUUUGAAGUCUUAACUGCUGUCAUGUUUUUUGUUGGGUUUUUUUUCUUCAAAGGUUUUCCUCGCAUUGAUCUUCAUCUUCCAGUCCACAUGGGCGUUUCCACAGUCUGGUCAUGACUCGAGUGGCAGCAGGAGUCGGCGAAGUGCGCCCUGCGGAACAAACAUGUCAUCGUUGAACAACAUCUGCUGCUUAAACUGCCCAGCUGGUUCCCAUAUGACAUCGCCCUGCACCAAGCACGGGGAGAUGAUGGAGUGUAAGGAAUGUGACUAUGGGACGUUCACUGAGCACUCCAACGACCUGAAACAGUGUUUCAAGUGUGCACAGUGUCGCUCAGAUCAGACAAUUGUAAGGCCGUGUACUGAAACUCAGGAUACCGAAUGUGCGUGCAAAGCGGGAAGAUUUUGUGCCCACGACCAAGCAUGUGAAGUUUGCAAGAAGUGUUCAAGAUGUGAAAAGGAUGAAGUGAUAGUGAGGAACUGCACCUCUACCACCAACACAGAGUGCAAGAAAAUCCAGUCCACACCUCCCCCCUCCCCAGACUCUCAGAGCUCCCGACCUGAUGGGCUGAAACCUGGAGAGCGUAACACUGAGGAAGGGAGAAACGGAAACACCCGAAUGCCCAACUUUCACAAUCUGGUGAGAGCCAGGUCCUCAGACACUGUGGAAGAUGAGUGUGAAGCAUUGUGCGAAAGCAGCUGCAGCUCUGCCAGUAACUCCCAGCACAAUAUAGCCAUCCAGGCCACCUCUGCGCUCCUUGCAUCUCCCCCCCAAGCCAGCCCCAUGAACUCACUCUGGCAGCCCAACAACAGGGAGUCCUUUCCCGAGCUUGUUCCUGUGAAUGAUGAGUCUCUGCAGAAAUGUUUUGAUUAUUUUGAGGAAGUGGACUAUGACCACCAGAACAGAUUCUUCCGUCACAUCGGCAUUAGCGACAACGUUAUCAAAAGCAAAGAGCACCUUCACUACGUUGACAGGGUCCAUGAAGUGCUGAACAUUUGGAUGGAACAAAAGGGCAGAGAGGCCAGUCUGAACGACCUGCUGAAGGCACUCCUUAAUUUGAAUCAAAGGAGAACAGCUGAGUAUAUCAGGCUGAAGGUUAUUGAACACGGCCAUUACACAGAAUGUGAGAAGGGGUUGUCUGAACAGUUUUCAGACAAUAUGUAG